UAUCUAGAAGAAUGUGUGGUUGCCAUCAUGGAUGGAAUUCAACUCUUCGCAAAUGCUUGCGACCGUAUUCUGCUUUUCCCUUCGGAUUGCUUGGAAACCUUCUGCAGUUAGAAAUUUUUGAAGGAACUCUGAGGUUAUGGUCAUGGCUUCUACGACGAUAUCGCCUCAGGCUGUAGCCGUUACCGGGUUGUGCUCCUCUGGCCUGCGGGACUCAUCCAUCACGAGGCUGCAGGGUAUGCCUAAGGUGGGCAAAUCGUCAACGCGAUUUUUCUCAUCGAUCAGAGCUGCCAAGCUACCACAAGGGGUUGCAACACCUAAAGAAGAACCAAAGCUCCCCGUUUCAUUUUGGGGUUUCACCCGGAAUGCCGAAGUAUGGAACUCGCGUGCAUCUAUGAUUGGAAUUUUUGGAGUCAUCAUUGUGGAAGCUAUCAUCAACAAGGGCAUUCUGCAAGCGAUUGGCAUUGAUGUAGGGAACGGACUUGACCUGCCAUUGUAAGAAGUGCAUGAUCACCCACAGAAGCCCGAACAUUUAUAGUAAAACCAUAUAGUUUUGUCCGUGGUUAAUAUUUAGUAUCAGAAAUUGUAGCUAAUUAUCUGCAAAAUGCCACAAUGAUUUCUAUAUUUCUGUAAAACAUUCUUUUAGCUUAAUGACACAUUUUUCAUUACACUGGCUGGGCACGACUGCUUGCACUGGCCUCA